UCGUCGCCUGGCUUCCGAGCUAUCAAGACGUAUCGCGAUGAGCUCCGUCGGAGCGGUAACGGCCGCUGAUAGCCGUGGAAUUUCUGCUGAGUUAGGCUCCCAAGGAUACAGGAUCGUACUGCCUCCCCUGCCGAAGGGCGUUCACGCCCUGAAUUCUGUCUUUCUGCACGCCGACAUUACGGCGCGGCCUUAUCGCAUUGAAGAUUUUAAAGCCGGACUCGAGAAAGCGGGAGUACUAGGCGAAAUCGCCGCAUGUGGUUCAUUUCAGAUGAACCACGUGUGGAUGGUGACUCUGAAAACACCGUCGGCCAAGAAGAAGCUGGUGGACGCCGCGUCCUUCGAGGCCAAAGGGAGACGCUGCAUCGUCGUCGACCCGGAGAAGGCCGAGGUGAGGCUGAAGCUUCAUUGGAUUUCUUUUCACCUUUCGGACGAAACCGUGAAGAAGGCCCUGGAGCCGUACGGCAAGGUUGAAGACGUCGCCCGAGAGACCUGGCGUGUCGGAGGCUUCGAAGGUGUGCAGUCGACCACCCGAGUCGUGAGGCUGACCCUAAGGGAAGGCGUCACGCUCGAAAACCUGCCGCACCAACUACGACUCCCAGGCUGCACGGCCUUGGUGCUGGCCCCGGGUAGAGCUCCGCUCUGCCUCAGGUGCCGUCGAACCGGCCACAUUCGUAGGGAGUGCCGAGUGCCGCGCUGCGAGAGCUGCAGGCGUUUCGGACACCUACGCGACGACUGCAAGAAAACCUACGCAGACGUGGCUAACGGCGGCCCUGAGGACGACGCCUCGGAGCUACUCAUGGACCAGGAUGAAGCUGAGGACGCGGCAGGCGGAAACUCGGAGGGCAGCCAACCUCAGAGGCGAGCCGAGACCACCGUCGUCGUCCCACCACCCGAGACGUCCACCACGGCCGAGCUCCCCGCAGAAAACAAGGACACCCCGAAACCGGUGGGCGACGACGUCGCACGCGUUUCGGCCCUGCAGGGGGACGAGCGCGAGCACGACUACGCCUGCCGGGAGUCGACCCUGGCUGCCGUUGAAAGGGAGAACGACCAGAAGGACGGCGAGAUGGACGCCGUGAGCGGCUCUGCCAAGCGUUCCCUGGAACCGACACCAACCCAGGAGCCCAGUCAACCGCAGAACCUGCAGGAGAGGGUACUCCAGAGGUGGCAGACGGUGACUUCGAAGAGGGGCCGACGCCACGCCCCCCCUCAAGGACCACCGGAGGCACGUGCCGAAGGCUCCAUAGUGAAGGAACUGUACUGCGGCUGAAUAAUAUUGCUUAGGCGGCCUAGUACAAGUAAGAAUGUUGUAUUUUUUUGUAUGUGUUUACCUGUUUGACUUAAGCGGCUUUUUGUAUCGUAGCUUAGCCUUCUCUCUAUUUUAGCUCCUUGAUAGUAAUAUGUCUCUUAGUUUCGCCACUUUAAACGUCCGUGGGUUGGCCUCGUCGAGGAAGCAGUACCAACUGCAGCGUCUGGUAGAGGACGAGCAGCCGGACUUCCUUGCGGUGCAAGAAACUAAAUUGCAGACAGAAGAGAACAUCGAGAGAGCGCUGAGGCCUUAUCUCCGGCGAUAUGAAGUUGCCGCUAGUCAUGCUGCGGGUCGGUCGGGGGGCUGUUUUCUUUUUUUAAGAAAGUCUGUGAACUAUGAAAACUUGCAAGUUGUUAUCGAUGAGUGCGGGCGGUUCAUUUCUUGUGAUUUCACGCUGUCAGAUGUCCAGUGGCGAGUGAUAUGUAUCUACGCUCCCAAUAACGCGAAGGAUAGAGAAGUUUUUUUUCAAUUUCUACGUAAUUAUCUGGAGUGCGACAAAGUGAUCGUGUGCAUGGGUGACUUUAAUUGUGUCUGUGACGAGCGGGAUAGUACUGGAGCGGCCACGAGUGGUGACAGCAGUUCGAGACUUAUGAAAGAAAUUGUAAAUGUGUGUGGGCUCGAGGACGUCGGUGCCUUAUGCACCAUAAGAAGUGGCGUAAGGUAUACGCAUUUUCAAAAUAGGUCACACGCUCGUUUAGAUCGUAUUUAUGUUACAGUUGACGUACUGCGCACUGUGCACGGCUACCGUGUCCAGCCCAUUUUUUUUACUGACCACUGCCUCGUAAGCGUAAAAAUUGGCAGGAAAGAAAGCAGAGCGUCUCGUUUUAACUGGCAUCUUUGGAAAUUAAACCGAACACUUUUGAAUGAUAAACUUUUUGCAACCACUGUCGCUGAGCUGUUGCGGGGUGUGGUCGAAAAAGAGACUUGUAUCAGGGAAGCCUGGGAAGGAUUCAAAGAGGGAGUUAAGUUGGCCGCGGUAGAAAGGGCCAGUAACAUCGCCUUCCAAGCUCGAGCUCGCGAAAGGCAGUUGAAGCAAGACCUUAACGCAUUGUGUCGAGUAGAGUGUGAGCGCCCUGGAACUUGCGGCGAUGACAUUCGGCACAUCAAAAUGGAGUUAGAUCAAAUAUACAAUGAAAAGUAUAAAGGGGCAGUUGUGCGGGCACGCUCGGAGAAAUUUCUGUUGGGAGAACAGCCGACUAAGCGAGCUCUGGCUGAGGAAAAGAAGUAUGCCCUGACUCGAGAAAUAAGAGAAAUAGAAUAUAAAGGGAAAAUUAGCAGCGAUAAAGAUGUUAUAGAAGAAGCUUUUGUUGAGUACUUUGGGAAACUUUUUGGGGAAAAACCGACUCCCGUAGGAUUUCGUAAAUUUAAAGAUUUUCUGUCACUCAUGCCCAAGUUGGAUGAGGAGGUUACAACGUGGCUCGAGGGAGAAAUCACGCUAGGAGAGGUUGAACGAGCAAUAGAUUCGCUAGCGAGACAGAAAACCCCGGGGCCUGAUGGGCUUUGUGGAGAAUUUUACCAAACCUUUAAAAAUACCCUUAGUCCCGUACUGUUGGCCGUAUUUAAUGAGUCAUUCGAAAAUUACUGUCUACCGCGUUCCUUUGUAGAGGCCCACACCAUACUGAUACCGAAGUCGGAGGACUUGUCGAAAAGGCUCAGCGUGACGGGAUAUAGGCCGAUUACAUUAUGUAACAUAGACUACAAGAUUUUCACUAAGAUUAUUACGCGUAGGCUCCAGUGUGUCAUUCGAGACCUCAUCGGGGAUCACCAGACAUGUGGCAUUAAAGGAAGGUCCAUUCAAACUAAUAUUCAUAUAGCGAGAAGCAUUUUUGAAGCUGUUGGGAGGGAUAAAGUGGCAAUGAUACAAUUAGACUUGGAGAAAGCGUUUGAUAGAGUUAGACAUGAUGUUCUAAAGAGUAUUUUAUUGCAUGUUAAUGUAGGCAAAGUUGUCCUAAAGGGCGUAGAUAUGGCGUAUAAAGGUUGUACCACCAGGCUGGUGUUAAAUAAUAAUGUUUCUAAGAAAAUUGCAGUGCUUUCGUCAGUCAGACAGGGAUGUCCCCUUUCACCCUUACUAUUUGCUCUGUACCUUGAACCUUUCUGUGUGAGCGUGAUAGCUAGCAAGAAUAUCCGGGGGUUUCUUUUCAAUAAUGUUGAAGUUAAAGUGUCCGCAUACGCUGACGAUGUGGCUAUUUUUUGUAAAGACGAAGAAAGCGUCAUGGAAACUGUCGUUCUCACGAAAGAAUAUUGUAACGCCACAGGAGCGGCAGUGAACUGGGGGAAAUGUUGUGGGGUGUGGCACGGGAGGUGGGCUUUAAAACCGCAUUACUUUGCAGGCUUUAAUUGGGAAACGACGCCAUGUACAUAUCUUGGGGUGCCCUUGGAAUAUUACAAAGUUAGCACGCCGUACUGGACGGAGCUCGCAAAAGAUUUAAAGACGAAGGCGGACACUUGGGUCAGUCGGAACUUGUCAAUUUUUGCGCGCGCCACAGUGUGUAAUAUUUUUUUAAUCGCAAAGAUCUGGUACAUUAUGCAAGUUUUGGCAUGUACACGAAUGAGUAUCCAAAAGUUCCAUAGGGUGUUCGCCACUCUCAUCUGGAGGUCCGGGUGGGAAAGGAUGAGAAGAGAUAACCUUUUCCGGAGCGUCAAGUCGGGAGGCCUUGGCCUCUCGCAUCUUUUCGUCCGUAAGAUUGUUUCGCGCUUCUUUUUCCUACGCGA